ACCAAAUGAAGAGCCUCGGCUGCUCUAAAAAUAGACUUUGACUGGCUGAGGCAGUUCUUUCCCAAUCCGUUCAGUUGUUUUUGGAGCUUUUCAUGCCUCUCUUUUCCUGCUUCUCGUCUCUUAAGAACAAAUUGUUUUAAAUUACGCACAACCUCAACUUUACAGCUGAUCCACAAAUGUGCACAUGCAAAUAAAAAAACCUAGAAAAACCCAAACAGUCGGCAGAUGUCUGCCCAGAUGCAGUCUGGGGAAACACCUCCCGAGCUUCUCAUCCGCCUCUCGAUGAAAAAAAAACAGGCCUUUUUAGUCCUCGCUCAGUUUAUGUGCGCUGGCAGUCAGGCGUGCUUUCCGUCUCUCAGUUUCUCUCCAGUGUGUUUAUCUGCAUGUGUGAGUGUGUGUGUUUAAUCGCAGGCUGUGUGUCUACAUGGGAAGGUGCAUCUGGAAUCUUGCCUAAAGGCAGAAAGCGCACUGCUUUUACACUCCGGCACGCGCUCAGAUGCUGGAGCCGCUGAAAGGAGCAACACAUGUCUCCAAUGAAUGGAUUAUAACAACCGGAAACUGGACGUCGUUUACAGUCAUUCAAUCCUGAAGGGCCAUGAGGAGGGACCGGCUGCUGGUGGCCGUCACUUUGGUCACUCUUCUAGCAGCUGAUCUCCAUUUCAUCCUCCUCCCCAGACUCAAAUCCUGGUAUUUUCUGCCCAGAGAGAGCUGCUCCUGCGGGGACUCCAAUGGGAGUGUGGAUGCGAUGUGGAUGUGGAGUCAGAAUUGGACAGCGGUUUCCAUUGAGAAAGGCUCUAAGCUGGAGCGGCUCUUCAGGCAUCCGCUUUACAACAUCCGUCUGCCGGAUCUGAGGGCCGAUGAGCUCCUGCUGGAGCGCCAGGAGCUCAUCAACUACUACCAGAGGAAAGUGAGCCGCUGGGAGAGGAUGAAGAAGUUCUACAUGGAGGCGGCCGCAGCUUCAAACAUCUCCAUCUCUGACCAUCCGGUGAGUUUUAAACCGGACGCCAGCUGGCUUCAGUUCCACCUGGGGAUCAACAGAUACGCGCUGUAUAACCGAGAGGACAGCAGCGUGGACACACUCCUGCAGGACAUGCAGACGGACACUGUCAUUAACGCAGAUUUCACUCAGGAUGAGAAAGCACUGAAGGGCGCAUGCGACUGCUCACAAGUGGUCAAACCGAGCGGCCUUCACCUGAAAUUGGCCCUGAAGCUCCAAGACUUUGGCAAAGCUAUGUUUAAACCAAUGAGACAGGAGCGGCACGAAGAGACACCAGAGAACUUCUUUUACUUUGUGGACUUUCAGAGACAUAAUGCCGAGAUCGCAGCUUUCCAUCUCGACAGAGUGCUGGAUUUCCGGAGAGUUCCUCCAGUAGCAGGACGAUUUGUCAACGUGACGAGUGAGAUCUUGCACAUCACCCACAAUGAGGAGCUGCGCAGCGUUUUCUUCACCUCGCCAGCCAACAACACGUGUUUCUUUGCCAAGUGUUUGUACGUCUGUAAGUCGGAGUAUGCGGUGUGUGGUCACCCUGACCUGCUGGAGGGCUCCAUGUCUGCGUAUUUGCCAGGUUUGAGCAUCGCGCCCCGAAUCUCCAUCCCCAACCCUUGGAUUCGUUCCUACAGCUUCACCGGGACAGAAGAGUGGGAGGUCAAUCCUUCAUACUGCGACACGGUCAGGAAGCAUUAUCCCUACAACUCUGGAAACAGACUGCUCAAUAUGAUCGACAUGGCAGUUUUUGACUUCCUCACAGGAAACAUGGACAGACACCAUUAUGAAAUUUUCACAAAGUUUGGAGAUGAAGGUUUCCUGCUCCACUUAGACAACGCCAGAGGAUUUGGACGCCAUUCCCAUGAUGAGCUGUCCAUUCUCGCACCGCUGACCCAAUGCUGCAUGAUCAAGCGCUCGACUCUGUUCCGACUGAAGCUGCUGUCGAGCUCUGAGUACCUGCUGAGUGACGUGAUGAGGGAGUCUCUGUCCCGGGACGCUCUGAGUCCAGUGCUGACGGAGGAGCACCUGCAGGCCCUGGACCGUCGGCUCAAACACACACUCCUCGCCGUGGACACGUGUGUGGACAAACACGGAGAAGCUCAGGUGGUCUUUACUGACUUUGAGGAAGCAGACAGAGUUACUGCAGGACAGCAGAGGUGACAGCGGGAGCAGAGCGGAUUACACACACACACACACACACACACACAAACACAAACACACAACUGAGGAUAUAUGUGCACAAUACCCCUGAACAAAUCCAUGGAGAGAAAUAUACUGUUAUCCUGUGAAAUUGUAAAACUUUUUUUUAAAUAUUUCCCAAGAGAUGUUUAAUGGAUCAAGGACAUUUUCGUAGUAUUUCCUAAAAUAUUUUUUCUUCUGAAAAUGUUUAUUUUAAUUUGGCUGGAAUAAAAGUAGUUUUUAAUUUUUUUUAUUUUAAGGUCAAUAUUAUUAGCCCCCUUAAAGGAAUAUGUUCCUUUAAUGUCAAAUUUUGUCAAAAUAAGAUAAAAAGUUUAUUCUAAAAAUUUUAACUUUUGUCAUGACUGACUUCCCAUAAUUUUGGCUCGUUUUGUCUUGCAAAUUAUGGUAAAAAAUGGUAAAAACAAACGGUCAAAAAUUCAAAAUGAGAUAAAUUGCCAUUGGCAUCCGCUGCAUAAAAACUUGCUGGAUAAGUUGGCGGUUCAUUCCGCUGUGGCGACCCCGGAUUAAUAAAGGGACUAAGCCGACAAGAAAAUGGAUGAUUUUGGUUCAUUUUGGCUCACAAAUUAUUAAACAAAUGGUCAAAAAAUAAUUUAAAAUUGUCAAAAUGAAAUUAAAAAAGUCAUUUCUACAACAUAGAACUUUUGUCACGACUGAUUUGCCAUGAUUUUGACCGAUGGCUUUAAUAUGUAACAUUCUGUCAAAAUGACUUAGAAAGUUAAUCUUUUGUCACAAAUGACAUGCCAUACCAAUGGUCGGAAAUGUUUUUCAAAUUGUCAAAAUGAGCUAACUUGCCAUAAAUGUGGCUCAUUGUGUCUAAUUAAUUGAUACAAAUGGUCAAUUUUAUUUUAAAUUGUCAAAAUUAGAUAAAAUAAAUUCUAAAGAAGUAGAAUUUUUGUCACGAUUGACUUGCCAUAAUUUUGACCCAUGAUUUUAAAAUGUAAGAAAUUGUCAAAAUAAGAUAAAAAGUCAAUUCUAAAACGCUUGAACUUUUGUCAUGAUUGACUUGCCAUAAUUUUGGUUAAUUUAGUCUCAUAAAUUAUGAUACAAACGAUGAUGUCAAUAGCCAAAAAUGUAUUCAAAAUGGUCAAAAUAUGAUAAAUUGGCAUAAUUUUGGUUCAUUUUGUCUCACAAAUUGAUAAAAAUGGUCAAAAAAAUUUAAUUGUCAAAAUGUGAUAAAAGUAAAUUCUAAAGUUUUUUUGUCACAAUUGAUUUGCCAAAAUUUUGACACAUUUAUGCUCUCAUAAAUUCAACUUUUUGUCUCACAAUUAUGCCUUUUGUUUUUAAAUCUCAUAUUUAUCAUGUUGUGUCUGGUAAUUAUGACUUACUGCAUUACAUAAGCUGUAAUACAGCACACAGGUUACGUAAUCCAGCAUCUAGGCUGGUUUAGUAAAGUUGAUAAUUAUCGGCGCAGACACUUUGAGAAGCUGCCGGCAGCUUUAAAUCCCCGAGUCAGACAGAAGAUCUCCUGACAUCAGCAAAAAACCCAAACAUUUCUGCUCUUCUUUACACAAACACACAUUAGUGAAGCGCACAAACAGGCCACAUCAGCAGACAAACAAACACUCUUCCUCCACAGAAGCCUGUAAUCAGCUCCAACUUCACAGACUGCAGUCUUGCAAAAUCAAUAAAAGCUAAAGAUUCGACGUCUCUCA